UUUUCCCUCUCACUCAACCAUCUACCAAAAAAAAAAAUGUCUUUCUUUCCCUCUCUCCAAACAAAAAUCCCCAAAUUUGAAAACUAAAGACCGCGUCCUCGCCGCUCUCACUCACUACUCAGAUUCACAAUCUUCCAUUUCAGUUACAAUUUUGAGCAACAACCAAACACCACAGGGACAAAUUAAAGAAUGGAGGAUAUGGUGAAAGCAGAGUUAGAUGAUGUCAAAGCAGAGCUGGAGAAGCUUAGGGCAGAAUGCCGAGUCAAAACACAACACAUCGAGAGUUUGAGGAAUGAUCGCGGUGUGCAAUUUCAAGAAAUUACGAACCUGGCUGAGAAACGAGCGUGUGAGCUUGAUUUGAAGUUGGAGGAGAUUUAUGAACUGAAGAGAUUUAAUGAGGAUCUCAAGUCGAGUUUGAAUGAAAAAGAAAAGCACAUUGUGCAUUUGAGUUUAGAGAAUAACAAUAUUCAAGCUAGGUUUGCUGAGAAGGUGUCAAAAUUGGAGGGAAGUAAUAGUGAGUUGGUUUUGGCUUUGGAUGAAAUUACUGCUAGAAACGGUUAUUUGGAGCGGAAUGUUUCUGCUAGCAGCGAGGAAAUUUCACGCCUCAAGUCACUGUUAUUGGUUACCGAGAAGAAGUGUAUAGAAGCCGAGGAGAGAGCUAGGCAAGUGGAGACGCUGAGGUUGAAAGAGGAUGUGAUAAUGCAAUUGGAGGAAGAAAAUACCACAGUGCAAGAUAAAAUUAAAUGGAGAAAUGAACAGUUUAAACAUCUCGAAGAAGCUUACCAACAGCUUAAAGUUCAGUUUCGAUCGAGCAAGGAGGAGUGGGAAACAGAGAGAUCUUCACUGGUCAGCGAAAUAUCUUCCUUGCAGACCAGUUUGGAAUCUCAGACAAGAACUUUGGAGGGUCUUCAAUCUCGUUUUGAGAUGUGUAACCAUGCAUUGGCUUGCGAAGAAAGCAAGAGGAAACUCUUGGAGGCUGAAAUGUCCGAGUUCAAGACUAGCUUUGAGGAUGUGUAUGGUCAGUGUGAAGAAAAGAAAUCUGAGAUACAACGAUUGACGGUUCUGAGGAAUGAGGAAAUAGCUGAGCUAAGAAACUCACUGGGAGCGAAAGAGACUCUUGUAAAAGAAUUGGAAAGGAAAAUUGUUUACCUUGAGCAAGAUAACCAGGAACUGGGAGAUUCACUUAAAGAAUUUAGAGAAGCUCAAAUUCGUGAUGCCGGAGGAAAUUCUAUGACAUCAAAGAUUCGCAACAAGCUUAGAAAGUUGGAGGAGGUUCAUAAAAACUGUUCUGCAAUUCUCAAGUCUAAAGAAUCCCAAUGGGGUGAUCAGAUAGCUAAGAUGGAAGCAGACAUUAUUGGUUGCAAAUAUGCACUGACCAAUAAAGAACAAGAAAUUAGGGAGCUUCAGAUGGAGUUGGAAAAUUGUUCUUGUGCCAUCGUAGAGAAUCAUAUUGAACUGUUGAUCUUUAAAUCAGUAGUUGCUGAGGCUUACUACAAAUCGUUCGGUACAGAAACUGUUAAAGAAGUUUGUGUCAAAGAUAAUGAAGAUAUGAUUCUAAAUUUUACUGAGCAAUUGAGAGUGAAAGACAAAUCUCUAAAAACUCUGGCACAACAACAAUUUCUGUUGGAGGAAGAGCUUGAACAACAGAAGAAAUUGCUUGAGGAGUCAUCUGCAGGUCAACUCAUAUUGAAAGAGCAACUCUUGAAGAUGGAAAACACACUCAAACAUGAAAGAAAUGUCGCAUUUGAGGCUCUAGAAAUGCUAAAAAAUGAAAUGACCAGUAAAAAUGAUGAACUAUCUCGAUUAGAUUCUGAAAUGCAGAAAUGGAAGUCUACUGCUGAAACUCUUAAAGUUUCCUAUGAAGAAAUUCAGGGAACCUGUAAAGAGAUGGAAACUUCUCUUCUGUCACGGAUUGAGAAUGAGCAAUCCCUUAAGCAGGAGAACAAAAACCUUCUCUGCAUUGUCAAGGAUCAGGAGAGGGAAACUGAAGACCUUCAACUGCAGGUAGCUUUACUGGAAUCCUGCAAUGCAGAGAAAACAAAGGAAGCAGAGAGGUUUAAACAAGAGAAAGAUGAACUUGUUGAAGGAGUAAUGGAGAAGGAUGGUUGCAUAAAAGGUCUUCAGAAAGAUAUAGUCGUUGCGAACCUGAAGCAAGAGUCCAUGAAAAAAGAAUUAGAAGAUGCUGUUCUUUCACAACUGGAUGCACAAAAAGCCCUAGAGCAGGUAGAAGAUCUUCUUUGGAAGACUAAAGGUGAGAAAGAUCAAACUACAAAACAGUUUCAGGAGCUAGCUAAAGCAUCAGAACGAGAUUUAUCGGAUGCACUGUGUUUCUCUUUUUCAAAACAAGUGGAAAAGUUGGUUGAGGUUAGUAUGCUUACUGAGGCUUUGAAGAAUGCAGAACUCCUGACAAAGCUAGAAAUUGAAGAGAAGAACACAAGAAUAAUGAAAUUGGAAUUCGAAAUUCACAGUUUGCUUGAGAAUUUGACACACACUGAAGAAUCAUGUUCCCAUUUAAAACAUGAAGCUAAGCAGUUUCAAACAUCAUUGGAAGCAAUGGAGUUAGAAACUAAAAAGUUGACGAAUGAAAAGCAUGAGAUGGAACAGAUGAUUACAGAGAUCAAGUUUGAGAAAGUAAAUUUGCUUGAAGACAUUAUGAAAUUAUCGACAGAAAGGGAAGAUAUGUUGGCACAUAUAGAAUACAUGUAUGACAAACUUGGAUAUUUGUCCGAGGAUAUGCAGUUGGUGGAGAGACUGGGAAAUAUCUUGGAUACUUCUAUAGAUGAUGAAAAUAAAACAACAAUGGAUUCAUUAGUUUGUGAUAAGCUACAUGGUUUUGGUCAAGAUAGUGCAAAUGGUCUUCUUUUUCCUCCCGCAAAUAAAAAAAUUGAAGAAAAUUUUGAUGAGCGAUCGCCAUUGAGAGAGGUUAACAGUUUGCAUAUGUAGAUCAGAAAAGAAAUUCGUGUUGUUGCGGAAGCAAACACCAAAAGGUUUUGGUUGUUUCUCAAGCAAGCUGAAACUAUACCAGGAACUUUGAACACCUUACUUCUGCUCUAGGAUAUGGAUAAUUAGAUAGUGACAUCACUCAUGUAUUUUGUUGUUUCACUAAUUGACACUGGCGCACACGUCGGAGAUGUUUGGGAUUAGUUGAAUGUUAACUCUGUUGAACAAUGUUGGAAAUUUUUUCUGAUUCUUGGUUCUUGUACUCCAAGUCUAGUCAAUGAUUGAAUUCUUUUAUAUUUUGAGCUGUAGUUGCAUUAUCAUUAUUAUUAUUGCUCUACGUAAAUUUGAUAAUAAUACUAUUAUAAAGAUUGUUUAAUUUUAGUGAAUAUAAAGUAAAA